AUGCAAGAAAUGUUAUUUGACCCUAAUAAAGAUAUCGGACAGCGUUUAGCGGCUCUACAACUUAUUUUAACUUUAACAAGUUCAAAGACAACUAAUGCGUUCGAAUUCUUGAAGCCAAAUGAUAUUUUGUGUGCUGUUCUUGAAUGGGCUCCGAAUCCUAUUUCUUUGCUAAAAGGUGCUAGCUGUACGAACGAUCCAAUCACUGAAAAAAAACUCGCGUCAAGAAUAGUAGAUAUAUUAGUCUUUUUGCUUAGCUUUUUUAAAAUGCGACAGACUGCAGAAGAAUCGAUAAAUAAAUUAUCGAUUUAUGAUAAACCUGAUGUAAAUUCGUUAUACACUAACGGAACUUAUGAUAAGAUAACUGCAUCAACCGACGCGAUAUGUGACAUUUUAUUUAUUCCCAAUUACAUUACUGAUCAUCGCAUAUUGGAGUCAGUGCUUAGUGUCAUUCCUACUGCUCUUUCUGCCAAAAUUGCUAAUAGUCAAACUAAAGAAA